AUGGUAACCUUCGCGUUGCCCGGCGACAACGACGCUGGAGAUGCGGGAAGUGCCACCCCUAAGUCUCGUCCCGGACUGGCAUUUUCGCAGCGUGGCUUCGCAGCCUCUCCAUAUGGCAGCGUCGGAAAGCGGGCUGGAAGCAGCACGCCCCUUGGAGGAUCCAUUCGCAAAUCCUUCAUAGCUCGCAGCGAACCUCCAGCAAGCAGCCUAGGCAGAAGCUUCACUGGACAGCGAAACAUUUUCCGGGCAUCAGCUAUCACUGAUAGCCCCCCGACCGCAAAUACCUUCUCCCCCAGCGUGCCUCAGAGCACGAUGAAGCGAGUCUUCGCACCCGGUGCGACGCCAGAGCCGUCGCGAACUGCCCGCGAGCUCGGGGCUCAAUCAGCCACGCGAGGAGUCGCUGCCAGGGCAACGGAUAAGGACCUUUUCCCCAUGCGCAUUUCCUCACCCCCUCCUGAGCUUACUGGUGAAGCUUUGGCUCAGAAGGUGCCCAAGGACUGGGACCCGAAAGGGUCCAUCUACGCCGACCAGUUCCUGGCGCAUCUCGCCCCCGCCGAAUUCGACGAAGACCAGCGUCGGCAGUUCUUCUGCAUCCUCGAUCUCCGCAGACUCAAGUAUGCGGCCGAUGAGAUUUUUAUCAAGAAAGGCUGGAAGCUGAACGUGAUGAACUUCGCAAAGGAGUUUGAGAAGAGUCGCAGCAUCAUUCUGCUCCGAUACGGUCUGUACGAGUUCCAGAACGUGAAGCCAUCAAAGGAGAUCCUCAAGAGGUGGCGUCGGGAGCACGGCCUACCUGACCCAGAGGAGGAGGAGGCCGAGCCUACCCCCACGAAGACUACCUCCAAGAAGAAGAGAAAGGCCACGGAUGACGGGGAGGGUCUGUCUACGCCUGCUCUCAAGUCGAAGAAACGCGACCUUGAGACAGAUACUCCCGUGGCUCCCUUUGCCGCGGCGACUGCCCCAUCUACAACACCGGCCGCUGCACCACCUGCGGCAUCCAAGAAUAAGAGAAAGGCAUCUUUGGGUGAAGAAACACAAGCGCCACCUGCCAAGGUGCAAAGGCCUACAUCUGGAGCGAGGUCUUUGUUCGAGCAAGCUGCCAACAAGGCUUCCUUGACUCCUUCUACGACGCCUGCAAAGCCCAGCUUCUCUUCUGCAAAGCCUGCCACCAACAACCUCAUGCGCUCGGUGCUGAAGUCGGAAGCUGCACAGGCCGCCUCGAGCACUAACGGCAAUAUCUUUGGGUACUUGUCGGAUAACAGCUCUGCGAAGAACAGUGGGGUUGAUGCCGAUGCAGAGAGUGAGAGCGACUCGGAAGAGAGCCCAGAAGCUGAGCAGGCUGAUGAACGAAGCGCUAAGAGACCUGCUCUUACAAGCACAGUUGAUACGCCCAGCGAUGCUGGCACUCGGGAGAGCACACCUGGACGCAGCCUCUUUGAUCGUAUAACCAAGGAUGAAGGUGGGCAGCCUGUUCGUGCAACCACGCCUCUUGAACCCGCACCAGCAGCUCUCAAGGACCAGACCUGGAAGCCAGACGCAGCCCCCCUCAAGUUCGCUGCGCCAACACCUACCCCUCAGACGGAAAGUGUUUCUGCUGCUCCUCUAUCUGCCGCUCCAUCUGUCACCAGUUCGACUUCUUUUAAGUUUACCACAUCCAAAGCAGGGUCUUCAAGCAGUGAAGCUCCUCUCUUUGCCACUAAACCGUCGUCCGCGUUUGCUUCUAAGCCAUCUGCAGCUGUUCAAGCGCCUAGUCUCUUCGCCUCCAAGCCGUCAUCCACUUCCAGCCUUUUCGGCGCCCCUAAGCCGGAUGCUGCUGCGGAAAAGCCCAAAGAAGCUUCGACAGAAAUGGCAAAGAAGGAUGCGGAGUCAGACAAAGAGAAUGUUCCAAGCUUGGACCAAGCACCCGCUGGAACAAAACCAGCUACCCCUCAGCCAAGCCUUGGUUUUUCAUUUGGUCUGAAGCCAGCUGCAGCAGAACCUUCCAAGGAGACGCCUGCUGCGGCCCCAUCUCUCUUUGGGCCUUCUUCUGCCAGCACUACCUCAAGCUUGUUUGGUGCUCCGAAAGCUUCCACGCCUUCGGUUCUGGGCUCUACCACUCUUUUUGGAAAGCCCGCGGAGACCAACAAGGAGCCCGAAAAGCCUGCAGCCAGCGAACCUCCCAAGGCCGCGACUCCUUUCUCAGGGUUCUCUACUCCUUCCACUGUUGGCAAUAAACCUACAUCCAAUCUUUUUGGAGCGGGAUCUUCCAGCAGCUCGAGCUUGUUCAAGAACAAUGCUUCUACAACACCAGCUACAUCAUCCGGCUUCUCCUUUGGGGCUUCUCAGAAUGGCGCCGCUCAAGCUAACUCAACGUCCCUGUUUGCCCCCAAGUCGCCCCCUGCAUCCUUCAACAAUUCCAUGGUUGAGGGAAGUCCUAUGAAGCAGGAUGACAAAUCCCCAGCAAAGCCAAUCUUCUCAGGCCUUGGGAACACAACCACUCCAGCGGCUCCUAUUUUCUCUUGGAACGCCCCCAGCUCAGGAGCCGCUCCGGCUUCCACUCCAGCUCCUUCAAGCAAUAUAUUUGGGUCUACGUCCAAUCCUCCAGCAGGCAGUGGGAACACGGGUGGCAUGAACUUUAACUUCGCCGCCUCGUCAGGCACCAUCAACAACCCCUUCAGUUCUGGAGCAUCGGCCACGGCUACCCCAAGCUUCGAGUUUGGAAAACCUGCCUCGGGUUCGGGCUCAAGUCCUUUCCAGUUUAAUGCUAAUAAUGCAACUCCCGCGCCCGUUUUCGGCAUCAACCAAGGCAACACUAAUGGAUCUGCGCCUAGCUCUGGAGGGACCUUCAGCUUCUCGGGAGUCAGUGCUCAGCCUCAGCAAGGUGCCGGAACGCCCUUUGGCAACAACCAGAACCUCUUCAACCUGCAACCGCCCACUGGAGGCCCCUCCACUGGGACAACGUCGGGGUUAGACACUCCCUUCAGUCUUGGAGAUGGUUCCAGUCUAGCCACCACACCCGCGCGCGGGACCCCGGAACCUACAGGCAAAGCAGAAGCUGCAAAGGAACCGGCCAAGGAACCAACCAAGGCUGCCGAUGACGAAGAAGGUGAAAAGCACGAGCAAAUCAACCUGACGGAUGGUGCUGAGGAGGGCGAGGACACGCUGCAUGAAGUUCGUGCCAAGGUCCUGAAGUUCAUCCCAGCUGGGAGUGAGGGAGACGACAAACCCAAGAGCAAGAGUCCCUGGUCUACGCAAGGAGUCGGACCUCUUCGUGUCCUGCAGAACAAGGAGACGAAGCUUGUCCGCCUUCUUUUGCGUGCUGAGCCACGUGGACAUGUCGCCUUGAACCGAGCUCUCAUGCCCGAAAUGAGCUACAAGGCCGACAACAAGUAUGUUAAGAUCACUACGUCGAAUGAGAAGGGUGAUGGAUUGGAGACUUGGAUGAUCCAGGUCAAAACAAAGGAGCUGGCGAUUGAGUUGGCAGAGGCAUUGGAGAAGCACAAGAAGGAGAAUAAGAAAUAA